GUAUUCGGGCGAGAAUUCCGAGACUCAGGGAGUUUUUUUUUUUUUUUUUUUUAAUUGUUUAAGGCGAGGGAAUGUAUCUUGAGCUAAAGAAAGAGCCCAUACUUGUUGGCUUGUUGCAUAACAUUACAAGUAGAACACUGACUCUUGGUUUGGGUUACCCGUUUUAUAUAAUCUCUCACCACUCAUCUCGCUCUCCCUCUCUCUCAUAGUCUCAUUGCUUCUAUUCACCAUCGAUUUCCCCCAUUUUUCACAAACCCUAAAACCACACAACCCCACCCCUCGCGCUCAGCCGAGUCCCCGAUUUUAUCGCAUUCAUCUUAUCACUCCCUUCGCUCAUCAAUCUACCUCUCUUUAAAUCGAUUAUCGAACCCCUAAUUUUUCCGAUUAUCUGAUUGUUUCCCUAAAUCGAUAGUCGAAACGCUAAUUUUUUCGAUUAUCUUAUCCGUAUGUUUUUAAUUACUGUUUGAAGGAAAUUUGUCGAUUUUCCGAGGAGUUUUUAACUUUUGUGUCUGUAAAUCAAUUAGGUGUUUUUAAUCGAAACCCCCUCUUGAAAAUUUGAUCUGUUUUUGUGAAUUUGACGAGGGAUUCCUGUUUAUAGUUUGGGAAGAAUCAAACUUUUUUUAGAUCUUCAACUUCGAAACCCAGAAAUCAAUCUCACAGGAACUGCCAAUUAUUAAUACCUAGAAAUAUUUUUCUUUUGUUGAGGGAUUGUAAUAGCUGGAGAAAAAUAAUAGCUGCGGGUGUAUAAUUUAUAAUUUAUCCUCAGAAACGUUGAAGAGAAGAGAGAAAAAUGGUGGGUGGAGGAAGCAGGAAGAACGAGGGUUCAAUUACCAUCAACAACACCAAUGUUUUCGCAGCGCUUGAUACACUUAGGAAGAAGAAGAACAAGGACAAGAGCAAGAGUAGCAGCAGCAGUAAGAGCUCUUCCAAGGCUUCCAAGGAGCAGGAGGAGCCUCAAGUUUUCUGGCAACCCGCCCCUUUGACGACUAAGUCUUGGGCCGAUGUAGAGGACGAAGAUGAUGAUGAUUACUACACCACUACGGCUCCGCUGCCGUCUGUGUGGGGCGCCCCUGCUUCACAGACUGGCAAUGAGGCCAAUGCAAUUGCAGAGGAGAGUGAAAGUGAAGAUGAUAUGCUUGAUUUAGGUGACGAGGAGGUUGAGGAUGAGCAUGAGCAUGAACAGGAACAGGAACAUGGAACAGAGGCUCUUGUACAUCCGGAGCCGGUUAAGAAAGCUCCUGAAGCUCCUGCUCCAAAAGAAACCGAGAGGCAGCUUUCAAAGAAGGAAAGGAAGAAGAAGGAGCUUGAGGAGCUAGAAGCCCUUCUCGCUGAUUUUGGAGUUCAGAGCAGCAACGGUCAAGAUGCUGCACAAGAGAAGAAAACAGAGGAGCAAAAGAAAGAAGGGGAUUCAGAGAAUGGGGAGAAGAAGGAAACUGGUGCUUCGGAACCUAAAAGUGCAAAGAAAAAGAAGAAGAAGGACAAGUCUUCCAAGGAAGCUCAAGAUCAGCCCAACAGUUCGGAUGCCACUGUUCAGCAAAAUGAAUCAGCUGGAACCGAACAGCCAGAAGACGAUGCAGCUUCUCUUGACGUCAAAGAGCGCCUAAAGAGAGUGGCUGCUUUAAAGAAAAAGAAAUCGAGUAAAGAGAUGACUCCUGUGAAAGCUGCUGCGUCAGAGGCUGCUGCUCGAAGUGCAAGGCUUGCUGCUGCAAAGAAGAAAGAGAAGAACCAUUACAACCAGCAGCCUGUGCGGUAAUCCAUGACUCUUAUUUUUGUACACAGCUCAAAGUAUUCCCUUUUGGUCGUUUAUUGCUGGUGCACAAAUAAACUCUUGGGGGAUCUGCUCUACUUUUGGAUAGAUGUUCUUUUGCUUUUGGACCAGUCUGGUUUAUGUAGUCAGGAGAAUUUCUCCAUUUUUGGCUUCUGAGGUCUUUACUAUAUGUUUUGCUUUAGUUAUAAUGUGAUACCAUUUUGGAACCAGUUUCUUAUGGGAAAUUCCGUUAAAUCUUCUGUUGAGCAGAUGCGGGUAAUGUACAUCGGAAGCCAUUUUUUGCAAAUGCCUGUGAUUUUGAUGUUUGACCUGAAUAGUUCUGAUAUGUAAUGAUUUUCCUCCUUUG